UACUGGCCGGCAAGGCCCUGCUAGAGCAUAAACCUGAAGGUUCAGCCUCACGAGAGUUGGGGCAGGCCUGGACGCGUGGGGACCGUGGCCAUGCAGGAACUCCUCAAGCGCUACCCCAAAAACUGCCUGCUGACUGUCAUGGACAGAUAUGCGGCGGUGGUAAGGGACAUGGAGCAGGUGGUCAUGAUGCCCAGCUUGCUGCAGGACCCCUCGGGGCCAGCUGACCUCUAUCACUACUACCUGAUGCUUAAGGCCAUCCGUGUGGACGUGGACCAUGGGCUACUGCCCCGGGAGGAGUGGCAGGCCAAGGUGGCCGGGGGAGCCACCCUGAGGACUGAGAGACAGGCCAGCAGAGAAGGUGCUGAGGAAGACGAGGAGAGGCCCCCUGAGGCCCUAGACCUGGAAGCCCAGUUUCACCUGCAUUUCUGCAGCCUCCACCACAUCCUCACCAGUCUCACCCUGAAGGCUGAGGAGGUGACCAGGAGAUACCAGGAACUCACGGGACAGGCCACAUAGGGCCUGGGCCCUGGAAAGGCGACUUCCCGGGCCGGACGCAGACUGCGUGGUAGGAUUUGGGCACUAGCUAACUGCUAGUGCAGGAUGGAGGGAUUUGAUGGAUCAAAGCUUCCACCUUGGCCACCUUUGCUGUGUGUGACCCUGGGCUGGUUGGUCACCCACCUCAGUGGGAGUGGCCCGUCCUCGAGAAAAAGGCAAUAAUGGAACCCACAUUCCAGGCUGUUGGGCGAAUCUAACAAAAGGACAAGUCAAAAGUGAGAGACUGAUAACCUCCUCCUGCUUUCACAGUACCUGCUCCAACUCAAGCUUUGGAUC